AUGGACAACAACAUUGAACCCGCCCAACCGCUGUGUUCAACUCCCAAUACGUCGUCGUCGUGGACGAAGAACGAAGCUGCUGUCACUGCUUCGUCGGUGUGCAUAAACGAAUACCUGAAAUGGGUCCCUUCGUACUACAUAACGCCCUUUCUGUCUCCUCCUUGCCGGCCAAAAGGAUAUUUCACGAACACCUAUGCGUAUUCCGUACAAAUUAUUGAUCUGCACCCGGAGACCGGCCCCAUACACCGGAGACGAGAAGCCACGCGGCAAGCCAUCCUCGGCCGGGUACACGGAGAUCAACCGCCGUCAACAUGUUGCGCUUUUACGGAUACUCCGAUGCGGCGGAAAGUGGUAUUUCUAAACUAUGUCAACCGUCGGAUCCGGGCGAGGGACGAUGCUCUGGAUGGUCGGUCUCUGUCGUCUUGUUACAGGAAUGACACAUAUUUCAGUGAAUGACGAGUCGCUGGCUGAUGGAUUCAAGCCGUCUGCGUAUCUCCGAAAGCCUCUUUGUCUACACCAACGCGAGUCUUAGCUCGCAGGUGGUCACGACUCACAAAGACCCAGGGGCAACGAUUGCUCGUCAAAACAGAACGAUAUCCGCGUCCUUCCUCCUCCUUCCUCUCUCGCAUCUUGCACUUUGAAUCAAUGAUCUUCGAACAUCCCUACGACGACAGGACUGUUGACUUGGAAAGUGAAGAGCUCUAUAAGCUCUCCGG